AUGACGCUUGGGAGCCGACGACCGGCGGGAACAAGUGCCAGAUUACGAGAAGUCGCAGUUCCAGCACCAGUACAUGGACCACUGGGUCCCCUUUCCAAUCUCAAGGUAACGGCAAAGAUCAGAGCAAAGGUCAAAGCACGGGCGCCCCUGGCAGCACAGGUCGAGGAUCCCACAGCGGCGCCUCGAGGACAGCGCCACGUGCAAUCUCUCUCGGCCAGCAGUCCGACAUUCGUGGAACCUGACCAGCACAGACUUGCGAGCGAAGCAGCAACCAACAUCAGCAGCAGCAGUAGCGGCGGCGGACGCGGCAGAUCCCACACGACGUCCUCAGCGUUGACCACAGCGUCGUCCUCCAGCUCGAUUCCAACCAUUACCGUCACUGAAACAAGGAUCAAUUUUCCUGCACAGGAGGAUCCACGGCAAUCAGCAAGCUCGGUGGAGUCUGAGCGUAUCGAGGCAGAAGCAGAAGCAGAAGCCGAAGUGGAAGAGUCAGGGACACGGUUGAGCUUCGGCGCCAGCACCGGCGGGCGAUUGCGUGCCUCGGCGUCAUCGGUCUCGCUAUCGGGCAGUACGAGGACGAGGACGAGCCAGCAGCUCACAGGGCCAACAUCGGCACCUGUCUCAUCAGCAUCAUCUUCAGGUGUGGAUUUGCAUAGGGAUCCACGACUGAUAACAGUGAGUUCCCACGUUCCUCCCGUCAGCCACUCUCAUGGCACCUUCUCAGCCAUUGCCGCCUAG